UUUCGCUGCGUACGGCUGCACCUGGGCGAACUAGUGGAGAACCACCGAGCGCUGCUCUGACAUACCUAGCUCCGUCUGACCCUCCGUGUGAGACUCUGAAGGACUCUGCGGGAUUCGGUUGUUGUUCGAGGUGUCGUUCUCGAGUUUAUUGUUUCUGGGGAAGUUGUGUGCACGAGAGAGAGAGAGAGAAUUGCGAGAGGCGAAUUCUGGUGGCGUGACGUAGAGCGUGAAUCCUGCGUCUAGUGUCGGAAGUGUCCUAGUACCCGAGUGCCCAACGGCCUGUGCCCAAUUCCCCCCCGUUUAGUGACGCAGUGCGGACAGUCAGAAUGAAGUAUAGCAUAGUGUCCGUGAUCGCCCUCUUCGGAGCUGCUGUGGCCCAGGAGAGCUUCAAGUGUCCGGAUGACUUCGGUUUCUACCCGCAUCAGAGCUCCUGCGACAAGUACUGGAAGUGCGACAACAACGUGUCCGAGCUGAAGACCUGCGGCAAUGGGUUGGCCUUCGACGCGUCAGACUCCAAGUACCUGACGGAGAACUGCGACUACCUGCACAACGUGGACUGUGGCGACCGCACCCAGCUAGAACCUCCGAUCUCCACGUCCCACUGCGAGCGUCUGUACGGUAUCUUCCCGGAUGCGGGCAAGUGUGACGUGUUCUGGAACUGCUGGAACGGUGAGGCCUCGCGCUACCAAUGCUCGCCCGGACUGGCCUACGACCGUGAUGCGCGUGUGUGCAUGUGGGCCGAUCAGGUGCCGGAAUGCAGAAACGAAGAGGUAGCCAACGGAUUCUCCUGCCCCGCUGCCGGUGAGAUCGCCAACGCUGGUUCCUUCUCGCGACAUGCCCAUCUGGAGGACUGCCGCAAGUACUACAUCUGCCUGGAGGGAGUCGCCCGCGAGUACGGCUGCCCGAUCGGAACGGUCUUCAAGAUUGGCGAAGCCGACGGCACCGGCAACUGCGAGGACCCGGAGGACGUUCCCGGAUGCGAAGAUUACUACGGUGAUUUGGACUUGAAGAGCAUCCGCAAGGGUGAGCUCCUUGCCGGUCUGGCCGGCCAGUCCGGUGGUGCGCCCGCUCCCACCAAAGCUAACGUUAAGUCCAACCGUCCGGCACCGUCCAAGGACAGUAACUAGAGGAUGCGCGCGCGCGGGGAUAGGACCGUCACAAGAGCCCGCGGGGUGGGGAGGGAACGCUAGAGAUAUACAGCAUACCGAUAGGACACACGAAAAAGGACGAGUGGCAGGGACCAACGAUACAAACUGACAGCAACCGUAAGAGCAGCAGAGAGACAACGAGAGAGAGCGAGCGAGAUAGAUCAAAAGAUAAAUAGAAAGAGUGAGAGAGAGA